GUCAACGCCAGUUGCCAUCAGGGAAGAGGAAUGAGCAAAAACGGAAGUAAUUAUCCUAUUACUUAAGAGGGAUGAAGUUAGAAACACGUUUGUGAGGGAAAAAGCUUUGAUCAGAUUCUCGAAGACUUUUCGAGUCUCUGAUCCUUAUCGCUUCUCGCGGUAGAGUUUUUCCUCUCUAGAUUGACUCACGUCGUCAUCGAAUCAGAUCCGUGCGAAAAAAAUGGCGCCGAAAUUCGACACGGAGACGAUGCAACAACGCCAGAACUUUCGCAACGUCUGGCAUACGGAUCUCACGCACAGCAUCCAGGGCGAUACUCCCUAUUGCUGCUUCGCGUUGUGGUGUGCCCCUUGUGCAUCAUACUUGCUCCGAAAGCGUGCGCUUUACAAUGACAUGUCAAGGUACACAUGCUGCGCCGGUUACAUGCCUUGUAGUGGCAAGUGUGGAGAAACCAAAUGUCCUCAAUUUUGUCUUGCCACUGAGGUCUUUUUCUGCUUUGGAACCUCUGUGGCAUCGACUCGUUUUCUUCUGCAAGAUGAGUUCCAAAUCCAGACGACACAAUGUGACAACUGCAUCAUUGGCUUUAUGGUUUGCCUCAGCCAAGUAGCUUGCAUAUUCUCCAUUGUUGCAUGUAUCGUAGGCAUUGAUGAGCUUUCAGAAGCUUCUCAGUUGCUCACUUGUUUAUCCGACAUGGUGUACUGCACGGUUUGCGCGUGUAUGCAGACACAACACAAGGUGGAAAUGGACAAGAGAGACGGUAAGUUCGGUCCACAACCAAUGGCAGUGCCUCCUCCUCAGCAAAUGUCACGGUUCGAUCAAGCCACUCCACCAGCAAUCGGUUAUCCUCCACAAGGUUAUCCUCAACACCCUCCACAAGGUUAUCCUCCACACCCUCCACAAGGUUAUCCUCAACACCCUCCACAAGGUUAUCCACCUUCUGGCUAUCCUCAGAACCCUCCAGCUUAUUCUCAGUACCCUCCCGGUGCUUAUCCUCCUCCGGCUUACCCUAAGUAAUUAAUCAUACUGUUUGCGUGGUUUCUCUUCCGACUUGGAAGAUUUUAUUUCAUCUCUCUAUUCACUUUCAUGCUGUGUGAUAUUAUGCUCUAUGCGUUGAACGUUCCCGGUCAUUGUUUCUAUAAGAUUUGACCUCAAAUGUUGUCUUUGUUGUUAUCUGAGACGUCCCUCUUGGACUGAGAUAUUUGAUGAAUUUUUUCUUUCCUUUUGAAUCAUCUUUUUGUUUUUCAAGAGUACAGAGUCCAAUCAAUUACGAGU